AUGGUACAAGCGGGUCCUAGUAGACCAACAAGACGCACAGCUUUAAGGAAGGAAGGAACUGGCAACAUUCGUAAACGACGACGACAAGACGAAGAAGAAUCUGAAGCGUCGUCUAAUGAAGAAGGUUCUGUUGAUCAACAUUCGACUCUUACUGAAAAAGCGGCUCAAAAAUUGACUGCAGAAGAGCUAGAGCGCAAAAUCAAGGACGUAGUACGACUUGCCCUAUUCACGGAAUUUCGAAAACAACCAAUAAAGAGAGAAGAAAUUGUGAAAAAAGUAUUACGCGAACAUUCAAGAGCUUAUUAUGAAAUCGUAUUUGAUAAAGCUCAAGAACGCCUUGAAGAUAUUUUCGGAAUGAGAUUGGCGGAAUUGCCUAAAAAAUCAUUUGGCACGGGAGGGGCACGUAAACCUGUUAAUAAUAAGGAAAAAACUUUAAAAACGUAUGUCUUGAAAAAUGUUCUUCCGCAAGAGUAUAAAGAAACUGACAUAAUAAACUGGGGAAAAAAUGAACAAGAUAUUAUGGGAUUACUCACAGUCAUUCUCAGCUUGAUUCAUGUGAACGGAAGAGUUUUAUCAAACGAUCAACUUACUCAUUACUUUCGUCGGUUGUAUCUUGAUGGCAAUGAUAAAUUUGAUUUAGAAAAAGUAUUAUCAACAUUUGUCAAACAAGGCUAUUUGGAUAGACAAAAAACAAGUGGGACUGAUCAGUCGCAGAAUUCAGAACAAGACCCUCUUGAAUAUCGUUGGGGACCUCGUGCAAAAAUCGAAAUGCCAGAGAAUAAUCUUAUUAAAUUUAUUCGAGCAUUAUUUGGUCAUGAUGUCCCUCCUGAUUUCGAUAAACAAAUUGAAAGAUCAUCUGGAAUAGAGCUGGCUUCAUGA